AUGGAGGCCGAAAAUACUGUAGGUUGCUCCGAUUCUUCCAAAAUCCUCCAUUUGCUUCGCAGGUUCCUUGCAAUACAGCAGCGCAGAGCCGAAGCCUACACCAAGCUCAAAAGUUGGUUUGCUGAGUAUAUGGAUUCUGGAAGGGAAUUAGCAUAUCAACAACUUUGCAGUGAGAUAACUGUAGAGUUCAAUGACUACUCCAAACAAGUUCUUGAAAUGGCAUCGCUAUUACUUAAUCCUUAUCUUUGCCGAGUUGAUCUAGCUCAGUUGCUCAAAGUUGUUCAAGAACAGGAAAAGCAGAAAUUGCAUCUGACAGCUACAAUUCAAGUGUUGAAGAAGGAAAGUCGUCCCUUAGAAUGUCCAGUGAGUCAUGAUAACUGCAGAUGUGAGAAGCCAAUGGAACAUGAAUGUAUCCACGUCCAUGAGAUAACCGAAGCAAUUGGAAUUGAAGAGGCAGAAGCAAAUGCUGAGUACGAUAAUGCUUUCAAGGAGGCCAUUAGUGGUGUGCAAGAUGCAAUGACCGCCAUAAAUGAACAUUUAGAAGAAGUUAGAUACAAAAUUGCUGCUCUCAAAGCUGAGUCAUGA